CUUUAUUCAAAUUAGUGGACUACCAGAUUUAUUUUAACCAUAAGAAAUCAACAUCCGAAACUUAAUAUAUUCCCAUUUCCUAUUCUCGCGGACCGGUCAGGUGACAGGAUUUGGAGCAGCUGGACAGCCUCGUUCUCGCGAUCCAUCGUCCGUCCGCUCCAAACACACUUUAUCGCUAACAACCUGGGAUUGCGGUGGAACGGGAAGCGCCCCAGACAACGGAUUUAUCGGACUUUUUUUCCAAAUAUUGGACGAUAAGACUUUAUUCAACGAAAUGGACAAGCCAACGGCAUUUCUGCUGUUAUGGGUUGUGACCUUGACGCAGGCAUCUGAGGUGCCUUCUGAUGAUGCAGUGGCUCUGCUAGCAGAGCCUCAGGUAGCCAUGUUCUGUGGGAAGCUCAACAUGCAUGUCAACGUCCAGAGUGGCAAGUGGGAGUCUGAUCCGUCAGGCACCAAGACCUGUAUCGUAACCAAGGAGGGAAUCCUGCAGUACUGCCAGGAGGUGUACCCCGAGCUCCAGAUCACGAAUGUAGUGGAGGCCAACCAGCCAAUCAGCAUUCAGAACUGGUGCAAGAAGGGACGCAAGCAGUGUCGCAGUCUGGCCCAUAUCGUGGUCCCAUACCGGUGCCUGGUUGGGGAGUUUGUGAGUGAUGCCCUGCUGGUUCCUGAUAAAUGCAAGUUCCUGCACCAGGAGAGAAUGGACAUGUGUGACAGUCACCUUCAUUGGCACACUGUUGCUAAAGAGUCCUGUGGAGACCGCACAAUGAAUCUCCAUGACUACGGGAUGUUGUUGCCAUGCGGCAUUGACCGUUUCCGAGGGGUGGAGUUUGUAUGUUGCCCUACGGAAACGCAGCGGGAGUCAGAUGGAGCAGAGCAGACUGAGUCCGACGUUUGGUGGGGUGGAGCUGAGACAGAAUAUACCGAUAACAGCAUGGCACGGCUGGCAGAUCAGGGGGCUGACACCCCUGAAGAUGAGGAAGAUGAAGAAGAGGAGUCCUUUGACAGAGACGAAGAUGGAGACGGUGAUGAGGAUGAGGAUGAGGAAGACGAUGAGGAUGAUGUAAUUGACGAACGAGAUAGUGGUGAACGCACCUCCAACAUCGCCAUGACGACCACCACCACCACCACCACCGAGUCAGUGGAGGAAGUUGUCCGAGAAGUGUGUUGGGCGCAUGCUGAGUCGGGGCCAUGCCAUGCCAUGCUGGAGCGCUGGUUCUUUGUGCCAGACAAGGGCACCUGUGCCCCUUUCCUCUUUGGAGGAUGUGGGGGCAACCGGAAUAAUUUUGACUCAGAGGAGUACUGCCUGUCUGUCUGCAGCUCCAGCGUGUUGCCCACCACGGCCCCGCCACCACAUGAUGCUGUGGACCACUAUCUGGAGGCUCCUGGAGAUGACAGCGAACAUGCAGACUUCCAGAAGGCCAAGGAGAGUCUAGAGGCUAAACACCGUGAGAGGAUGUCCCAGGUGAUGAGAGAGUGGGAGGAGGCAGAGCGACAAGCCAAGAGUCUCCCUCGCGCCGACAAGAAGGCUGUCAUCCAGCACUUCCAGGAGAAGGUGGAGGCCCUGGAGCAGGAGGCAGCAGGGGAAAGGCAGCAGCUGGUGGAGACACACAUGGCCCGGGUGGAGGCUCUGCUCAACAGCCGCCGUCGUGUGGCUUUGGAGAACUACCUGAGUGCCCUGCAGGCCAGCCCUCCACGGCCUCGUCAGGUCUUGGGCCUGUUAAAGAAGUAUGUCCGUGCAGAGCAGAAGGACAGACAACACACCCUGAAACACUACGAACAUGUUCGCAUGGUUGAGCCCAAGAAGGCAGCUCAGAUCCGACCACAGGUGAUGACACACCUGCGUGUGAUUGACGAGAGGAUGAACCAGUCCCUGGGGCUUCUCUACAAGGUUCCCAGUGUAGCCAAUGAAAUCCAGGACCAAGUGUCUGUCCUGAUGCAGAGGGUUCAGUCAGAGUUGUCUCAGCAAGUCUCAUCUCUGCAGAGCGAUGGAAGGACUGAUGGCAGGGUGAGCUAUGGCAAUGAUGCCCUGAUGCCCGACCAGGCAUAUAGUUCUGCCCCUUUGGACCCCGACAUGGGCCUGGACCGACUGGGCUUUAUUCACCCGGAGAGCUUCAACCAGCCCAACACAGAGAACCAUGUUGAGCCUGUUGACGCUCGUCCAGUUCCUGACAGAGGUCUGCCCACUCGACCUGUCUCUGCUCUGAAGCCAGAGGAGUUCCCAGAGGUGCGGAUGGAGAAGGAGAGGCAGAGCUCCAGCUAUCAAGUGCACCAUGAAAAACUGGUGUUUUUUGCUGAGGACGUGGGCUCCAACAAGGGUGCCAUCAUCGGCCUAAUGGUGGGUGGGGUUGUCAUAGCAACGGUCAUCGUCAUCACUCUCAUAAUGCUGAGGAAGAAGCAGUACACUUCCAUCCAUCAUGGAGUCAUUGAGGUGGAUGCUGCAGUAACCCCAGAAGAACGUCACCUUUCUAAGAUGCAGCAGAAUGGCUAUGAGAACCCCACAUACAAGUUCUUUGAACAGAUGCAGAAUUAAGGACCACUUGACCCCUCCAAGACCCUGAACCCUUCUUAAUCCCUUACACCUAGGCCCCAUUCCAUGUUGGUCCCUAAACCCUUCUUAAUCCCUUACACCUAGGCCCCAUUCCAUGUUGGUCCCUAAACCCUUCUUAAUCCCUUACACCUAGGCCCCAUUCCAUGUUGGUCCCUAAACCCUUCUUAAUCCCUUACACCUAGGCCCCAUUCCAUGUUGGUCCCUAAACCCUUCUUAAUCCCUUACACCUAGGCCCCAUUCCAUGUUGGUCCCUAAACCCUUCUUAAUCCCUUACACCUAGGCCCCAUUCCAUGUUGGUCCCUAAACCCUUCUUAAUCCCUUACACCUAGGCCCCAUUCCAUGUUGGUCCCUAAACCCUUCUUCUAGCUUGUCAUGUGUUGUUUUCAAUGUGUCUGAACGGAAUGGAUUGGUGAAACCAGUAUGACUGAAGCUCUGUGUAAACUGAUGGGCUCUUAGGGUUAGGGGCCGAAAUGGAACCAAGCCCCACACUCCCCUUCCCUUUCUUGUAGAGUGCAGCACAUCAACAUCCAUAGCUAUGAUUAGUAAGACAAAGGUAUUGUUCUUCUAUAUCUAUUUUAGCCAAUCACAGAUCAGAUCCUGCAGGGUUUGUACAGAACAUAACUGUGGGUCAGCCCUCCACAACUCAUCUCACAGGUCUGACGGGUUAAAACGAGGCCCCAUAUUUCCCCUGCAAGCUUCCUUCCUUUUCCCCAACCCUUCAGAAGCACGGUCACCACCUCCAUCUCCCCCAUACACUCCUCUCUGGCUCCCCCUCUCAGAUGACAGCUGUGAUGUGUUUGGUGAUGACAUAACAGCUCUUGGCGCCAGCAAUGGAAGCAAGGCUUCAGUCUGCUCUGAGCGCGUCUGCAGGAUUAUUUACCCGAAGCGUUUCAGGUUUGUUUUUCAGGAAAAAAAGAUAUCCCCCCAAAAAACUAAAAAUAUAUAUGAACAAUACAUCAUCAGAAAUAUGUAAAAGGCGAAGAAAUAAUGAAUGUUUGCGUUUUAUAUUUUUAUUUUGUGCGUAAUGUAUUGAAAUACGGCAACAAAAAAUAGCUGUAAUUAUAUGUAGUGCAUGGCAAUAUUGAUUGACAGAUAUAUGUGGAGAGAACCCAGCUCCUGUCUUACCGACUGGGCUUCUCAUGUAGUUUUUUAGCAGGAUUGUACAUUUUUGUGUCUUCUUUGUGAUCUUGUGAUAUGAAGAAGAGAAAAAAGUAUUUAGAAUCUGGUCUGCUUUGUUGUCAUGGAGACAUGCUUUAAACAGAAUCUGUGCUCUCCCCCCGCCUCAUCCUUUGUUAGCUGCAUGGGUUGAAUGAUCCCUAUAUGUAAUAUAAUAUGAAGUGUAAUAGUAUCUGAGAGGAAGUCGAUUGUGUUACUGUUUGCGUUUUAUGCACUCUGAGUUUCGUUUAGAGAGUCUGAUUAUUACUGGUAUUAAUGCUGUUUAUCGGUAUUUCUCAGUCAGUUAACUGAUAAUCAAUCUGGUUUUCCCAGUCAGUAAACUGAUAAUCAAUCUGGUUUUCCCUGUCAGUUAACUGAUAAUCAAUGUCCAUGGAUUUAUUUAAGCUCCCUUCCUUAUUUUGGCAUUCUGGAAAUCUCAACAUUCCACUCUGUUUGACCUAUUUCUAUAUGGUCUGUGAAGACCUAUGAAUAUCAUUUAUGGAAACAGAAAUCAUUCUCAGGCUCUUUCAAGCUCUCGUCCUAUAUUUUCUAUCUAUUACACAUUCACAACAGCCCUGCCUACCUUCUCUCUACCAUUCCCUUUGUGCUGUGUGUGUGUGUGUGCGUGUGUGCGUGCGUGUGUGUGUGUGCGCGUGUCUGUCUGUCUGUGGUAAGAGGAGGAUAGCGAUUAGAAUGUACAAUUGACAUUCCUCAUCUUUCCUCUCAUCACACCCACACACUCACUCUUGAACACAUUGCCUUCACAAUGUCUUGAUACACAACACCACUAUUUUUCCAUCUUUUCUUCUUUAAAACAUGUACAGUGUAUUGCGUGGUCCCUUUCUUGCUUGUCUUCAUGAAGUCUGUCCUCCUGGCUUUAAAAGCAGAGGCUGAAGAAAUACUGACCUCAGACCAGUAUAACGAUUGAACUCGGACCAAUGUGUAUGAGCCUAAAUACAUGGCCCUUUUAAGUGUGCAACUUUGUAGAAUUUUCAGAUAGAAAUGUGUUUUGUAGAACAGAAAACAUUGUCAGAUAGUAUUUGUUACAUUUCUAUCUGCAACAUUCUGAAUAAAUAUUUCAUCUAACAGAGUGCACCCCAGAUCUGGGAUCAGUAUUUAGAGGCAAUAGUAGAAACAAGACAUUUCCUGUACCCUAAAUGUCCAACAGCCUCCAAUAGAAAUGAAUGUGACAUUCAUAUGGUGCAAUUAUUCCACACAUCACUACACACAGAAUAAAGCUCUUGAAUCA